CAGCUAAAGCGUUAACACCGUUUUCUAAGAAACAAAAGUACAGACAAGCAUUUCGAAGAGCUACCUAAACUAACUCAGUGUGCCCAACUCACCAAACGAGUCUCACAAAGAGUGACCAUCACAUCGAAAUUCCUUUAAAUACUGAAGAUCGUAAGCAACUUAUUGAAAGAUGGGCAGCACUCAUUCGAAUGAGAAUAUGAAGAGCGGCGAGGAUUCCACAGGCCCAGUAAAUCCUGGCAUUUUCUGCACACCUCUUCCCAGCUUUGUGACCAAAAUCCAGCGAAUACUGAUCCGCAAACUGAGCAUCUCGGCCAGGAAGCAGAAGCGCUUGAGCAAGCGGUCCAGGCAAAUCCUGCGACCCAUGCCCCGCUGCUCGUCCUUCGGAUCCUGCGGCACUCUGCUGACGCCCAACAAGAAGGCCACAACCACGAUUGCCGAUCGCCGCUAUGCCCAGUGGAAGUGCAGCUUUGAGCAUUUGGCCCAGAAGCAGCAGCGACUCCACGAUAUUAGCGAGGCCAUCGCCGGACAGACCACGCCCCGCGGAUUCCCCUCCCACACGGAUCCCCGGCGAUGCCUGAUCGCCGAGGAAUCACCGCUGCCGGAGUCACCACUCUACGAUAUGGUGGGUGGCCAGAAGAUCCGCCGCCGCCUCUCCCUGCGCAGCCACGCCCCCCAGCGACGCCCCUCCGCCCGACAGAAGGCCGCCCAGGCCAAGGUCGACGCCCAGCUCCAGCGGGAUCUGUGCGACCUGGAGGAGUACUACGGCGGAUUCCACUACGCCCAGCGCAGCGAGCGACUGGUGAAGAUUUAG